AGAGCACAGCACAGGUCAUAAGAAUGGAAUCCCAAGUGACGAUCCACAGAUAUUACAGCCGACAAGCCAAGUAUUCCGGAUCCGCUGAUCCAGACCUGGAGCUCUGCAUCAAGCACUGUGGCGGGGACGUGGUCAGAAUGGAAUUGGUGAACCGGCUCCAUGGAAUCCAGCUGCAGCACAAAUUGCGCCGGUUACUGCUGCUCUUGUUCCUAGCUAUCGCCUAUUUUGUCGGAGUAUGCGGUUUCGGGAGCAGAAGCCUGGGCAUUCUGCAGCCCCGUAUCCUGUACCCUCUGGUUACCUGUGUUUCCGUGGCCAUCCUGAUGCUCCGAUCCACUCUGAACUUGGUGCAGGCAGAACGAUUGUUCUACAGCUGGGACAUGGCUCUUCAGACGGAAACGGUGCGGUCCUUCGGCAGGGAAUCUGUGCUGUGCAUCCAGCGAGGGCACAUACAGGACAUUGUGCUCAACGAAGUCAUUGAAGAUUUAGAUGUGAAGUAUAUGCUAAUAUUACGAACCAAAGGAACCCAGUUUAAGAAGCGGCCCAUUGUUCCCCUGUUGACUAGCCAAUCUCCGUCGUUUGAAUGUCUGCAGCAUUCAUAUCGCGUCCUGCAUGGAUAUUGGCUGAACAGCGCCAAGGAUCGAUCAGAGCAGUCCUACAACAAGGACAAACAGUCCAUAGUGAAGUCGUAGUCUUUAACCAUAUUGCUGAACUGUUUUAAAAAAAGUUUUCAUUAAAAAUCGAGACUGUUAGUACAUAUUAAACAAUUUUACCACUA